AUGGCCGCCUCAAUACCCCGGUCGCGAUGUCUCUACGCCGCCGCCGCCUCCCCAUUCAAACCUCCCCCGCGGGCAAGACCAGCAGUCCGAACAUUCGCCACCACGUCAGACACCCCCCAGACCUCCCCCCCAGAAGCCCCUACCCAGCGUCGCCGGCCAGCGACGUCAUUUAGCGACACAUUAAACAGCGGCCCUUCGUUUGGCGACUUUGUCAAUCCCAAUGCGCCCCUCGACCCCGCCGAGGCCUACGAGAUCAAGACCGCCCAAGUCGGGCCAGAAGGGCGCAAAAAGACAAUCACCCGCCUGCCAGACUGGCUCAAAACGCCCAUACCGUCGAAUGAAAACUACAAGCGUAUCAAGAAGGAUCUGCGGGGCCUUAACCUCGCGACCGUCUGCGAAGAGGCCAAAUGCCCCAACAUCUCCGACUGCUGGGGUGGCAGUGACAAGAGCGCGGCCACGGCCACAAUUAUGCUCAUGGGCGACACGUGCACACGAGGCUGCCGAUUCUGUGCUGUAAAAACGUCGAGAACGCCGCCACCGCUGGACCCCCACGAGCCAGAGAACACAGCAGAGGCGCUACGCAGAUGGGGACUGGGCUACAUUGUCAUGACGGUCGUGGACCGCGACGACCUGGCGGACGGAGGCGCCCACCACAUCGCCGAGACGAUUAUGAAGGUCAAGCAAAAAGCGCCCACCAUGCUCGUCGAAUUACUCGGCGGCGACCACCAGGGCAACCUCGAUAUGGUCAAGGUGGUGGCAACAAGCGGCCUGGACGUCUACGCCCACAACAUUGAAACCGUGGAGGCCCUCACCCCGUUCGUCCGCGACCCAAAAGCAAACUUUCGUCAGAGUCUUGCCGUUUUGCGAACGGCAAAGGAGGCGAAUCCAGACAUCAUCACCAAGACGAGCAUCAUGCUCGGUCUGGGCGAGACUGAAGACCAGCUCUGGCAGACGCUACGAGACCUCCGCGCAAACAACGUCGACGUCGUAACCUUUGGCCAAUACAUGCGCCCCACCAAACGCCACAUGGCUGUCCACGAAUACAUUACCCCAACCCACUUUGACCUGUGGCGCCAGCGCGCCCUCGACCUCGGCUUCUUGUACUGUGCAUCCGGGCCCCUCGUGCGCUCAAGUUACAAGGCCGGCGAGGCGUUCAUCGAGAAUGUGUUGAAGAAGCGGAGGGGGCUGGGGUUAGGCAGUGUGGGCGCGGAAGAGGCGAGAGCGGGUAAGGGCAAGGUGAAUGCCAAGGAGAGUGUGGAGAGAUUGUUGUAG